GCUUCUUUAAUACCUAAAACCCAAAUGUGUGCGAUUGUGUGAAAAAAACAUAUUUAACGAAUUUAAAACACCAAAACCAUUUAAAUGGACACUGCAUCCGACAACAGUGACGAUGAGGGGUCCAUUGGCAAUGGUGGGGGCGAUUUCGGCAUGGAUCUAACCGGUAUUCUCUUCGGUAACAUUGACUCCGAUGGCAGGUUGCUGGCGGACGACGAGAGGGGGCACGGCUUUGAUGCGGAGCUGCGUGAAAAUCUUGGAUCCCUGGCGAAGAUGGGUCUCAAUUCGUUGCUGAGCGAGGUGAUUGACACCAAAGAUGCCGAAGCCUCGUCCGACGACGAUGAGGAUGAGAAGCAGCGGCCCACGCCGGAUGCCGCCACCGCCGCUGGCAUGAGUGUCUUCGAUGCGUUGAAGGCUAGCGUGAAAAAGGAGGAGAACGACGAUGGCACCGUCACGGCACAGGACGAUGCGAUUGAUUAUUCGGACAUAACCGAACUGUCCGAGGAUUGUCCACGCACGCCGCCAGAGCAGGUGUCAUACGAUGACCUGGAAGAUGCCAUACCGGCAUCCAAGGUUGAGACAAAGCCAACCAAGGAUGACAAAGAACUGAUGCCGCCACCCAGUACUCCUCUGGGGCGGGCAGCUGGUGGCACCGGGCCUGAAGAGGUCGCCACCAAAACACCGAGCCCCGAGGGCAGCGGUUCAUCAGGCAGUAGUGAGGCCAAAGCCAGUGGUGGUGACCCCAAGGACGAUCGCAGACUGGACACACCCCUGGCCGACAUCCUGCCCUCCAAGUACCAGAAUGUGGAUGUCCGGAAGCUCUUUCCCGACUUUCGGCCAAACAAAGUUCUGCGGUUUUCACGCCUCUUCGGUCCGGGGAAGCCCACAAGCAUGCCACAAAUCUGGCGCCAUGUCCGCAGGCGGCGUAGGAAACGGAAUCAGUCGAGAGAUCAAAAGACGUCGAACACUGGUGGGUCCGACUCGCCCAGCGACACCGAGGAGCCUCGCCAUCGUGGCUUCAAUUUGUUCUUUGCCAACGAACCCACGCCCGCGGCUUGCAUGUCCGAUGAUGAGGAGAAGCUGCUCAGCGAUCUGAAUCGCGUCGAUGUGCGGCAGGAGGGGCCCGAGAAUGGUGAGAACAGCGACCAAAAGCCCAAGGUGGCCGAUUGGCGCUUCGGACCUGCACAGAUCUGGUACGAUAUGCUCGAGGUGCCCGAAUCGGGCGAUGGUUUCAACUACGGCUUCAAGAUGAAGUCCACAGCCAACAACCAGUCCAAGGACACUGUCGUCCCCGAAGAGCCACCCGGAGGCAUCAAGACAGAGGCAGUUGGCGGCGACAGCGAGAAGGCCACCCUAGCGGAAGAUGCCUUUCUGAUGGUCUCCCAAAUGCACUGGGAGGACGAUGUCGUCUGGGAUGGCAACGACAUCAAGGCCAAGGUGAUGCAAAAACUCAACUCCAAGACAAAUGCUGCUGGAUGGUUGCCCUCCAGCGGCUCUCGCACAGCAGGCGCCUUCAGUCAGCCGGGCAAGUCGACAAUGCCCGUGGGCAGCAGUGGCAGCUCCAAGCAGGGCUCCUCGGCCGCCAGCAAGAAGGCACAACAGAAUGUGCAGAACAAGCCCACAGAAGUGCCCGACGAUACGUGGUACAGUCUGUUUCCCGUGGAGAAUGAGGAGCUGAUCUACCAAAAGUGGGAGGACGAAAUCAUUUGGGAUGCCCAGCAGAUGACCAAGGUGCCAAAGCCAAAGGUUCUGACGCUGGAUCCCAACGAUGAGAACAUUAUAUUGGGCAUACCCGACGACAUUGAUCCCUCGAAGAUCAACAAGAACAUUGGGCCACCGCCAAAGAUCAAGAUACCGCAUCCGCACGUCAAGAAGUCAAAGAUUCUGCUGGGCAAGGCGGGCGUCAUCAAUGUACUGGCAGAGGAUGCACCACCGCCGCCGCCCAAGAGUCCAGAUCGGGAUCCCUUUAACAUCUCAAAUGACACUUACUACGCACCCAAGACGGAGCCUUCAACCCUACGCAUGAAAGUGGGCGGCGGGAAUCUCAUUCAGCACUCGACGCCAGUGGUGGAGCUGCGCGCUCCCUUUGUGCCCACGCAUAUGGGGCCAAUGAAGCUGCGCUCCUUCCAUCGACCGCCGCUGAAGAAGUACUCGUAUGGGCCGCUAGCCCAGGAUACGCAUCAGAAUGUCUACGCCCUGCUGAAGCACAUCGUGAAGAAGGCCAAGCAGCGGGAGGUUGAGCGUAUAGCCUCUGGCGGUGGUGAUGUCUUCUUCAUGCGCAAUCCAGAGGAUCUCAGUGGCAAGGAUGGGGACAUUGUCCUUGCGGAGUUCUGUGAGGAGCAUCCGCCGUUGAUGAAUCAAGUGGGGAUGUGCUCCAAGAUCAAAAACUACUACAAACGGAAAGCGGAAAAGGAUAGCGGACCGCAGGACUAUGUGUACGGUGAGGUGGCCUUUGCCCACACCAGUCCCUUCCUCGGCAUCCUCCAUCCGGGCCAGUGCAUCCAGGCGCUGGAGAACAACAUGUACCGUGCGCCCAUCUACCCGCACAAGAUGGCCCACAAUGAUUUCCUCAUCAUUCGCACCAGAAACACAUACUGGAUACGCGCGGUCACGGCCAUUUUCACUGUAGGACAGGAGUGUCCACUGUACGAGGUGCCGGGACCCAAUUCGAAGCGCGCAAACAACUUUACACGUGACUUCCUGCAGGUGUUUAUCUAUCGCUUGUUUUGGAAGAGUCGCGACCAGCCCCGGCGCAUACGCAUGGACGACAUCAAGCGCGCCUUUCCCGCCCACUCGGAGAGCAGCAUUCGGAAGCGUCUGAAGCAGUGCGCGGAUUUCAAGCGCACGGGCAUGGACAGCAAUUGGUGGGUGAUCAAGCCCGAGUUUCGGCUGCCCUCCGAGGAGGAGAUACGCGCCAUGGUCUCGCCGGAGCAGUGCUGUGCCUACUUUAGCAUGAUUGCCGCCGAACAGCGGCUAAAGGAUGCUGGCUACGGGGAGAAAUUCCUGUUUGCCCCCCAAGAGGAUGACGAUGAGGAGGCCCAACUGAAGCUGGACGAUGAGGUGAAGGUGGCCCCCUGGAACACCACGCGUGCCUACAUUCAGGCCAUGCGUGGCAAGUGUCUGCUGCAGCUGAGCGGCCCCGCAGAUCCCACGGGCUGCGGUGAGGGCUUCUCGUAUGUGCGAGUGCCCAACAAGCCAACACAAACAAAAGAGGAACAGGAAUCGCAGCCAAAGCGUUCGGUAACGGGAACCGAUGCCGAUCUGCGUCGUCUGCCGCUGCAAAGGGCCAAGGAGCUGUUGCGCAAGUUCAAGGUGCCCGAGGAGGAGAUCAAGAAGCUCUCCCGCUGGGAGGUCAUCGAUGUGGUGCGCACCCUGUCCACGGAGAAGGCCAAGGCCGGAGAGGAGGGCAUGGACAAGUUCUCGCGUGGCAAUCGCUUUUCCAUUGCGGAGCACCAAGAGCGCUACAAGGAGGAGUGCCAGCGCAUCUUCGAUCUGCAGAAUCGCGUGCUCGCCAGCUCUGAGAUACUGUCCACCGAUGAGGCCGAGUCCUCUGCCUCCGAGGAGUCUGAUUUGGAGGAGCUGGGCAAGAAUCUGGAGAAUAUGCUGUCCAACAAGAAGACCUCCACGCAGCUUUCGCUGGAGCGGGAGGAACAGGAGCGACAGGAGCUGCUGCGACAGCUCGACGAGGAGCAUGGCGAUGGGGCCAGCAGGGCCAAGGCCAAGGAGGAUGCCUCUCAGCAGCCGCUGGCCAAUCAGAAUCAGGGCCGCAUUCUGAAGAUCACGCGCACGUUCAGGGCCAUAGAUGGCAAGGAGUUCACCCGCGUGGAGACGGUCCGCCGGCAGCCCGUGAUUGAUGCGUACAUCAAGAUCCGCACUACGAAGGACGAGCAGUUCAUCAAGCAAUUCGCCACGCUGGACGAGCAGCAGAAGGAGGAAAUGAAGCGCGAAAAGCGGCGCAUCCAGGAGCAGCUGCGGCGCAUUAAGCGCAACCAGGAGCGCGAACGCCUCGCCCAGCUGGCCCAGAACCAGAAGCUGCAGCCCGGCGGCAUGCCCACCUCGCUGGGCGAUCCCAAGAGCUCUGGCGGCCAUGCGCACAAGGAGCGCGAUCACGGCUACAAGGAGGUCAGUCCCUCGCGCAAGAAGUUCAAGCUGAAGCCAGACCUCAAGCUGAAGUGCGGCGCCUGCGGCCAGGUGGGGCACAUGCGCACCAACAAGGCCUGUCCGCUGUACACGGGCAUGCAGAGCAGCCUCUCCCAGUCGAAUCCCUCGCUGGCCGACGACCUCGACGCGCAGAGCGAGCCGGAAACCAACAUGGACGAUGACGAUCUGGUGAAUGUGGACGGCACUAAGGUGACGCUCAGCAGCAAGGUGCUGCGGCGUCAUGGCGAGGAGAGCAAGCGCCGCAGCAGCAUGGGCCUGAGCCUCAAAAUGUCUCGCGAUGGCAAGAAGAAGCGGCGUCUGGGCAACGACCUCCACUGCGACUAUCUGCAGCGGCACAACAAGACCGCCAAUCGACGACGCACCGACCCGGUGGUGGUGCUCUCCUCCAUACUGGAGCUGAUCCUCAAUGAGCUGCGCACAAUCCCUGAUGUGUCGCCGUUUCUGUUCCCCGUCAACUCGAAGAAAGUGCCGGACUACUAUCAGGUGGUCACAAAGCCCAUGGACCUGCAGACCAUGCGGGAGUACAUUAGGCAGCGUCGCUACACCAGUCGCCAGAUGUUCCUCGAGGAUCUCAAGCAGAUUGUGGACAAUUCAGCGCUAUAUAAUGGCGCCCAUAGCGCCUACACUGUGGCCGCCCAGCGCAUGUUCGAGAGCUGCUACGGGCUGUUCCAGCAGCGCGAGGAGAAGCUGAUGCGCGUGGAGAAGGCCAUCAAUCCGCUGUUGGGCGAUGACGAUCAGGUGGCCCUGUCCUACAUCUUUGAAAAGCUGCACGCACAGGUGAAGCUCCUCACCGAUGCGUGGCCCUUCCUAAAGCCAGUCAACAAAAAGAAUGUGAGGGACUACUAUCAGGUGAUCAAGCGACCCAUGGAUCUGGAAUGCAUGCAAAAGACCAUCGAUGCGCAUGGCUAUCACAGUCGGGAGGAGUACAUGGCAGACAUUGAAUUGAUGCAUGCCAACUCUUUGCAGUACAAUGGACCCGAUCAUCGCUUCACCAAAAACUCCACUACCAUACGGGCAUACACACGCACCCAACUGGAAGAGUUGGCAGCCACUUGCCUGCCCCUCGAGGAGAAUAUUGCCAAGACCCGAGAGCUGGCCAUGGAGAAUGCACCCGAGUUCGAUGAGGCCUGGGGCAAUGAUGAUUACGAUCUGGGGCGUGGCAGUCGCGGUAGUUCGCCCGGGGAUGAGUACAUCGAUGUGGAGGGUAAUGUGGGCGCCACCACAGCGGCCUCCAUACACCGCAGCAUGGGCUCCGAUGGCCAUAUGUCGCAUCAUGCGACGCCAGUACGUAAACUGCCACGUCCGGCCGUGGGCGAGGUGAAACGUGGUCGGGGCAGGCCACGCAAGAGGCACAAUCCCACCGAGGACGUCAAAGCCCAGAAUCCGGUUAAGCGUGGUCGGGGUCGUCCGAGGAAGGGUAGCCUAACAUCAAACAAGAGUCAGGCGCAAGCUUACUUCCUGGAUGAAGACCUGAAUUUCUCCACAGACGAGGAGGAUGAUGAGGAGGAGGACUUCCAGGAGGUCUCCGAGGAUGAGAAUAAUGCAGCCAACAUACUGGAUCAGGGCGAACGUAUCCAGGCGCCCGCAGAUGGCAUGGACUACAUCGACCCGAAGAACAUUAAGACGGAGAUCGACAUCGAGGAGCAGCAGUUGGCAGAGGAGCCGUGCGGCGAGGAUGACAGCCAGCAGGCGGCUGAAGCAAUGGUGCAGUUGAGUGGCCUUGGCUUCUACGCUCAACAGCAGCAAGAUGAAUCCAUGGAUGUGGAUCCCAACUACGAUCCCUCCGACUUUCUGGCCAUGCACAAGCCGCGCCAGAAUCUGGGUGAGCCCACCACCGCCCGUGGCGCCUUCUCGGACUUCAUGGCCAACGUCCAGGACGACAAUGGACAGUACAAUCCACCGGAGGCGAGCACAAGUGCUGCUGCCGCAGCCGCCGCAUCCGCUGCAGGCGCUCAUGAGGAUGAGUCGGGGGCGUUGCAAAUGCCACCGACAAGCACCCUCAACAACGGCAUGGGCAUUGAGGAAGAUCUGGACGUGUCGGACAGUGACGAGGAGGACGUUGGUCGGAGGCGCAUCAAGAACGAAGUGUUUGACGACAACGAAAUUGAUAUGCAACAGUCCCAGGCCUCGCAUCACUCCCAUCACUCGCAGCCCUACCAUGUGGAUGCCUCGAACGAGCCCGUGCUCGACUACCAGCAGCAGCCAAUGGGCUUCACGAGUUCCCAACAGGCGAUGGGUUUUUCUGGCGCCCAGCAGGCGAUGAACUUUGCGGGCUCUCAGCAGCCAAUGGACUUUACGGGCGCUCAGCAACAGAUGGACUUUACGAGCUCCCAGCAGCAACAGCAGCAGCAGCAGCAACAGAUAGACUUUCCGGUCGUCCAGCAGCCCAUGGACUUUCCAGCCGCUCAACAGCCAAUGGAAUUUCCAGCACCCCAGCCGGGAUUAGAGCAACAGCAACAUCAGCAGCCACAACAGCAACUAGUGCAGGGGGAUAAUGAUUAUGCCUGGACAUUCUAGGGGUGCAAGGACACCCCCAAAGAGGGGUCACGUCUAUCGUUAAGAGAAACAGAACAGAAAAGGAUCUUUAAGCAGCUGUAAAUUGUUUAGAAUCGGAAUGCCUUGUAAUGCUUUUCAGCGUUAGCCGAUGAUCAUUUCCAUGUUCUAUUCAAAUUUAAUUUUUUUGCAAUACUAUUUGCGGUCUAUGGGUGCCUGGGUGCCCUGGCCCGUGAAGAUUUGUCAUAAAUCUAUGUUUUCAAUUGUGUUUUCGUCCUACAUGUUUGUUUGUUUAAGCUGAAUUUUUUAAAUCAUAAAAUAUACAUUUAAGAACAACCAACCACCCAGAGUCAGGCUCUCGUCUCGUGUUUCUGGACUAGUAAAAUAAAUAUGUAUAUGUAAGUAAUAAAAGUGAUUCAACUCGGAGCAUUGCAAA